AUGUUAUUGGAAAGAGAGACAGAUAAUGAUGAUGAUGAUGAUGAUGAUGAUGAUGGAAUUAAAGUAGUAGACCUUUUAGCCCCUUAUCGUCGUGGAGGAAAAAUAGGACUAUUCGGAGGAGCUGGAGUGGGUAAAACAGUACUCAUUAUGGAAUUGAUCAACAACAUUGCCAAAGCUCAUGGGGGUGUAUCCGUAUUUGGCGGAGUAGGUGAACGUACUCGUGAAGGAAAUGAUCUUUACAUGGAAAUGAAAGAAUCUGGAGUAAUUAAUGAACAAAAUAUUGCAGAAUCAAAAGUAGCUCUAGUCUACGGUCAGAUGAAUGAACCGCCAGGAGCUCGUAUGAGAGUAGGUUUAACCGCCCUAACUAUGGCGGAAUAUUUCCGAGAUGUUAAUGAACAAGACGUACUUCUAUUUAUCGACAAUAUAUAG